GUCAAGGCUAUUUUUUAUUUUUUUAUUAUUAUUAUUUUUCUUCGUAAUUAAACAAGCAUGCAAACAGCUUCAAAGAUCUUUGUCAUCUCUGGUCCCUCCGGCUCUGGAAAGUCCACCUUGUUAAAGCGUCUCUUUAGCGAAUAUCCCAGUACUUUUGGCUUCAGUAUUUCUCACACUACACGUAAGCCUCGUCCUGGAGAAGUUGAUGGAAAGGAUUACCAUUUUGUAGAGAAGGAGGAUAUGGUCAAGGAAGUGGAAGCUGGUAAAUUUAUCGAGAGUGCAACCUUUUCUGGAAAUAUGUACGGUACUUCCAUCAAGUCUGUUGAGGAUGUGGUUGCCGAUGGUAAAGUGUGCAUGCUUGAUAUUGAUAUGCAAGGUGUUCAAUCUGUCAAGAAAACUCAAUUGAAUCCCAAAUAUAUCUUUGUUCAACCUCCUAGUCUUGAAGUGUUGGAAAGUCGUCUUCGUGGACGUGGCACUGAAAAGGAAGAUGCUGUAUUGGCUCGUUUAGAAGCAUCAAAGAGAGAAUUAGAAUAUGGUUCUCUUCCUGGAUCUUACGAUCAUAUUAUUGUGAAUGAUGAUUUGGAAACUGCAUACUCCUCUUUAAAACAAGCCAUCUUUGUUUAAAUAUCAUAUAUAGAAUAAAUAAAAAAAAUUGCAUUCCCCUUUCUUAAA